ACUCCCUAAAGAACGUCUUGAAGCCUCAGCACCCUUCACAUUUAGCGGCAUGGACUGCUUUGGCCCGUUCAUCGUAAAGACAGCACGCAAAGAACACAAAAGAUAUGGUCUGAUUUUCACGUGUUUGUACUCAAGAGCUGUCCAUAUUGAGAUGCUUGAAGAUUUGUCAACAGACUCUUUCAUCAAUGCAUUGAGAUGCUUCAUCAGCCUUAGAGGAGCUGUCCAACAAUUACACUGCGACCAAGGUUCCAACUUUGUUGGUGCCAGGAACGAAUUCAAGGAAGCACUUAAGCAAUGCGACACCAAGCAAUUGGAGACCUUCUUAUCUGAAAAACAGUGCGAAUUUGUCUUCAAUGCCCCUUCCGCAAGCCAUGCAGGAGGUGUCUGGGAAAGGCAAAUAAGAACGGUUAGGAAUGUGUUGAAUGCUACCUUCGCACAAUGCCCAGGUCGACUUGAUGAUGCCUCUCUCAGAACGCUGCUAUAUGAAGCCAUGGCUAUUGUCAACAGUCGCCCAUUAUCAGUUGAUGGAAUUAAUGAUCCUCAUGCACUGGAACCUUUAACGCCAAAUCAUCUCAUCAUGAUGAAAACAAAGGUCGCUCUUCCACCCCCCGGAGUGUUCGUGAAAGAAGAUUUGUAUGCUACAAAAAGAUGGAGAAGAGUCCAAUAUCUUAUUGAACAGUUCUGGGGCCGCUGGAAAAGAGAGUAUCUGCUCAACAUUUCAACAAGGCAAAAAUGGCACUUACCUCGGCGUAACCUCAAGGUCAAUGAUAUCGUUGUUAUCAAGGACGACAACCUCUCACGAAACCAUUGGCGACUAGGUCGAGUUGUGGAGACCUUUCAAGACCAUGAUGGCUUAGUCCGUCGAGUUAAAGUACGAGUUGGGGAGAGAAAGCCUCAAAGAAAGCAAGAUGCCCCUUCUAAACCUUCAGUUAUUGAGAGACCAAUCCAAAAACUAGUACUACUCCUUGAGAAUUAAAUAAAACAAAAUAUGUUAAGACAAUAAUAGUCAUGUUUAUACACUACCUCAAUGCAUGAAGUGCACUUACCUGUAUAACUCUGAUAGUUCAAUUCAGUCAUCCAUUUAUUAGUAUAAGAAAAUUCUGUACAAUUCACUUGCUUUGUGAAUUUGUUCGUUCAUUGUAUCAGGAUUUGGUGGGAGUGUAAAUGCCGGCAAAGCCACUUUACUUUGCACUUUUAUUUUGAAGAGUACCUUAGCACUUCCUCUUUUAUUGUGUCAGACUUCCUGUUCUGUUCUCAGUGAAACGACACAAACACGUUGCUUCAGAGUGAGUAAAAACGUUUAUUUUUUGAAAAUACUCAUGCAAAACUAUGUUUUCUAUUUACCUGUCACAUGCUAUAACUUUGAAAGUUUACUCAGUGUGGUUGAAUUCGUUUUAUUGUGUAUGCAUGUCAUUUGUUUGUGGUGUGGAAAGACUGGCAAAGAGAUGUGCAUGGAGGAGGUUGGCUAGCUGGUUCAGCAUGAUUAGCACCCUUGGAAGCAGAAAGAGUUUUCACGGUGCCAUAUUGUCGGUGGUAAAAGAGGAGAGAAUAAAGUUGCAUCAGUCGAAGCUCUCUGCGUCACGUGUGGUAAUUCCAAGUGGGCAGCUACAACACCCACACAUGGAACGUGGAAAACUGUGAGGGAAUGCAACACCUGCAAUGAACACAACCCAAAGCAGCUGUACCAGUGUUCAAAAAGGGAAGUUUCCAACACUGAAGGCUCCUUUUAAGGGCAUCAAAAUGGAUUCUACAGACAUGAGGAGCUGACAAAAGACAACAAAGAACAUUCUUGUGACGGUGGAAAUAAGAAGAAGCAACACCCUGCAGAGAAAAGACAUAAACCCAGUCAUAAAAUGGCUGAGAAAUGAACUGGUACCAAGAUAUGAAGUACCAAGAACCAUCAGAUCAGACAACAGAUUCCACUGAAAUGACAAACAUCUGACAGAAGUGGAUAAAACUUUUGACAUCACUCAUCGCUUCAGCAUCUUACCAUUCAGCAUUGCGGGCCAUUGUAGAGAAGCUAAUUAAAUUUUAUAGAGGAAACUAGCCAAAAGCAGAGCAAUAUUUUUGUAUAACAAAGGGUAUGGUAGAUUUGUCAUGUCCAAAAUAGAGUUAUGUAAUAACAAACACUGGUCCACGUGACUAAGGUUUUUCCCCUUAAAAUAGUCAAUAAUUAAAAAGUAGAA